CGGAAAGACAACCCUUUUGUUAGGACUCAAGGAGACACUCAAGGGUGAAGGCUUAAAUUAUGUGCAUUUUGCGAUGUCACGAAUGCAGGGUGAUAUAUUAUUAAACAAACGACAAGGAUUUUUCAACUUCAUGUCAUAUGCUCUCUUUAAUGAAAGACUUGCUCAGUACAUGAAUGAGACUCAUUUCAAUCUAAAAGAUGAAAUAAACAGGAUGAGUGAUGAUGAAAGGAGACAUAUUCGCAAACUCACAGACUAUAGGACAGAUUGCUGGAAGAUGGAUUUAUCUUAUUUAACUGCGCUCAAUGACCUAGAUAAGAAAUUAUUCAACAUUGGAAUUCUUUUCCGCGCAGAUGCAAAUUUAGUUUGUUUUACAAGCUGUAUUAUCCUGCUUGUUUGCAUUGAGGCUCUCUUUCCUACAACUCGAGAAUCUUUACCAAAACAUGUUCUGAAAGAUCCCAUUGAGUUAUUAAUAUUUGGAUUAAAAUUUAUUGAUCCUAGCACAAUCAUCGACGAAAGAGUUCGAAAUCAAGGUCCAUCAGAAAGAACUCUACAGGCAGCACUUUUUCGCGUCCUUAAUGGCUUAUUGCCCUACCCAAUGAUGUGCUUGUUUGAGGUAAAUGCCAGUGGUCGAACUCAUCUUGAUCUGAUGAUAGUUGAUAACGAUGAAAUUUUAGCGACUUAUUCACUCAAAUGUAAUAAAAUAUCGGAAGCUGAUUUCAGGGAUCCAUUAAAGCAAGCUAAAAUAUAUGCUGAUGACUUUGGCACGGAUAUAUGCCUUGUCAAUUUCAUUCUAAAAGGUCAUAGAAAACCAUGUACACUUUAUGGUGUUCCCGAGGAAAUCAUUUUGGUGAAUGUCAUAUUCAAUGCUGAAUUCACCCAAUUUGAAAUUCAAACAGAAUCUCUUGAUGGCUAUCAAACAGUUAAUGUAACUGGCGAUUCUAAUCACCGAGAAAAUCAUGCUAGAAUUACAAAAUAA